GCCACAGACAGGGGGUGCCGGCUGUGUUGACGUGGAAGGGAGUCGGUGUUAAAUCUCAAACCGGGUCUAUUCAAAUUUGUGAUUUACUUAAAGCGAGCGCAGUUGUUAGAUUUUCGUUCUAAUAGCGGGUUGCUACUCGUUGUUUUAUCCAAGCUAAAAACUUCACGGUUUAUUUCUUUAAAACACGAAUUCAUUUAUAUAUUCGGCGAAGUUAUGUCAGGGAAGGUGAAGUCUAGGGCCGCGGCCAAUGCCGACUCGAUGGCUGGGAGCGUCUCCUGCAACGAGCGCAUUCUGCGGGAGUGUCACCAACUCUACACCGAGGAGGAGAGCGGUCUGAUCACCAUUGCCUCUGCUCUGGGUCUCUCUCUCCUCCCCCCUCGUAAGAAGAUCACCGUCAUGCUGAUGGGAAACCACUCUGCCGGGAAGAGCUCCUUCAUCAACUGGUACAUUGAGGAGCACAUCCAGCGCACCGGUGUGGCAAUUGAGACGCAGGGGUUCAGCUUCAUCACCAGCGGAAGGAAGAGGGAGUCGCUCACGGGUAAUGCCACGCUGCACCUGUACCCCCAUUUUAAACCCCUGCAAGAGUUCAAAGGAGUCUCUGAGUACCUCAGCACUGAGAUCUCUACCUCCAAGCAGAAAAAGUUCAGUCUGGUCACUUUCGUGGACACCCCGGGACUCGUGGACGGGGACAUGAAGUACCCCUUUGACGUGGACAAGGCCAUUCUGUGGCUCGGGGAGUUGUGUGACCUCGUCCUGGUGUUUUUUGACCCCAUGGGUCAGGCACUGUGCAAACGCACCCUGAACAUUGUGGAGAACCUGAACCAGGGCAACGGAGAUAAACUGAGAUUCUAUCUGAGCAAAGCAGACGAGGCAGGGAGCGAGAGCGACAGACAGAGGGUGAUGAUGCAGAUUGUUCAGGAGCUGUGCAAGAGGCCCGGGCUGAACAAGUGUGGUUUCGAUAUGCCAACGAUCUACAUACCCAACCCCAACAGACCGAGUCGCUGUGUGAAUCAGAUUGAGGAGGCAUGUCGCACGAUCGAGAGAACGAUAAACCAGACCGUGCAAAACACACUGAACUCUGUCGAGAAGGACUGCGAGCUCAUAUCAGAGGCUGUGGAGAAGAGACUGAGAGUGGACAGCGAGUCCUGCUCUUAUAACCGGAGAGCUCGCACUCAGGGGUGUGUCUUUGGGAUGUUGGGGUUCCUGCUCCCCCUCUUCCUGCUUGCCUCUUUGAUUUUGGGGAGCCUCUCGCGAAAUGUCCUGGUUUUGGCUUUGGGAGAGGACGGGACAGAGACUCUGUCGCUAUACCUGACUCCUCUGGCUAGACUGUGGCAGCUCGUCCCUGAGCAGCAGUACCUGUAUGUGUGUCUCGGGCUGGGAGCUCUGAGUCUGAUCCUGCUGGUGCUGGCCCGGAUCUCAUUCAGGACCCGGGUCACCCUGUCUGGCAGACAGAAGAAGCAGCUCUUGCAGAGGAGGGAUUACGUACAGGAAGUCGUCAAGCAGAAAAAGCGACAGUUGUAUGAAGAAUACCUUCGGCAAAGUGUUGGGGACCAGGACAUGGCCUGAGGGGUGGGGGAACUCAAUAUCUGUCUACUGUGCAUCUGAGAGAGCGAUUGGGGUAACACAUCACCCCACUUUCUUUCUCUGCUACAUUAAAAAUAAAGGCGUAAUUCCGUGAGACCGGAUUGGACUACCUGAUUUGACUAAACCGUUCCGUGUAGAGCGUGUUCUGCUUGUUCAGGGGAACAGCCCGGUCUGCUCAGAGUUCCAUACAGUGAAACAUGGUGGAGCCCCACAUCCCAUAGAACUUUAGAAUUUGAGGCAAAAAAAACAUUUAAAACAAUUAACAGAAUUGAGAGGUUUUAUUUAUCAUAUAAUCAAACAAACUACAAAAUUUAUCUCACAAGUGUACCAAAAGCAGUAUUCCAUGUUAGAUUUUUCAAUGUCACAUUUUUUCAUUUUGUCAGUCUUUCGUUAAAUGGAAAACUACAAAGCGUUAUGUCAUUCAGUGUGUGUUACUGUAACAUUGUUCGGCAGGUUUCUCUCGACCUUUAUGAAGUGACAAUUGUUAAUUCUAGGGUGAUGCAAAACUUUUGGCCAGAGCUGAUUCUCUGUAUUCUAUUAGAUAAAUGACUGCUUGCAAUACUGCAAACUACAAUAAACGUAGCCUCGACUUACAAUACUGUACUGUAUAGUGAGAUUUAAAAGUAAUAAUAAUUUGACCCAUAAUAGUAUUAUUAGUUAUAGUUUAUUACAUAUGAUAUAAAUACUGCUUGGAACUUUCUGACUGAAAAAGAACAUAAAUUUAAAAAAUCAUCACAAAGCACAAACACCAUUGAAAAAUUGCUGUCAGCCAUGAUAACAGAACAAACUGAUUUCACGACAAGACUAAAACCUGUUCCACUUCGAACAAGCUGAAGGUGUCCAAGUCUGUCCGCCUCACGAAAUUCGGCCUUAAUGGGACCAGAAAACUAGCUUGGAUAUGCAGUACGACACUACAAAUUAACAAGGUGCUAACUUUAAACAUACACACAAACCAUAAAACCAUUAGGGCUGUACCGAUUCAUUGUGUAUUGAUGAAUCGCAGACAGCAUAGCUAAUUGUAGUUAAGAACUGCAGCUCUCGCAUUGACUCACCACUGCUGCAGCUUAGGAGACAUGCUGGGACCUGUAGUUACAGCAAAGUACCUAUUCACUGUAUCAAUGAAUUAGUUACAAUGCAGGGUGGACACAUGACUGCCAUUGCAUAGCAGUUUGACCCAUUCCUGGUUUUAAUGAGUUUAAUAAGAGGAUAUACCUGAGCUUGUUACCUAU